AGGCGCUUACAUGUCAUAUUUUUGUAGGAGAACAAGCGUCUUACGAAUUCAGACCUGACCUUGAUUGGAAUACAGAAAUGGGAGUCCUAAAUAGAAUAGUAAAUAAUGUUCCUGGGCUGGCGGAAUGGUGUUACUAUACCUCAAGAUUCCCAAAAUUGGGCUUGAUGCGUGAUGAUACUAUACGCAUGGAUACAGAUGUUACUAAAGAGGCUCGCUCCAGAUUACCAAAACAAGUUGCUGCAGAACGUCACUUCAGAAUAUCUCGUGCAUUGUUACUUGACGCACGACAACAAAUUCUACCUAAAGAGGAAUGGAUGACUUUUGAAAAGGAUAAACCGUAUAUGUUGGAGUUCGUCAGACAAGUGCAAGCAGAACGACAAGAGCAGACAGAAUAUGAAACAAAACUUUACACAUAUAAAUCUUCCAAACCAGCACCAGCCCAGUAAUAUGGAGGAAAACCCUGACAUUAGAUUUUAGAAAAAUUAAUUUUGAAAGAAAAUGUAACAAGAUGAUUUACCAAGAAAAUAUCUGAUUUUUUUUUCUUCUUUUUUUUUUUUUUACAAAAUUUAAAACAGCUGAUUUUCAGCAUUUUUUGUGGGUGAUAAAAACAGUUUAAAUUUGUGUUUGUGUUGAGAAAAUCUGAGCAUAUAUUAAAAUAAAACAAAAAAAAAGUUGUCAAGAGUAAUUUAUCAUAAGAUGGGAUUUUAAAGCCUGUUUUCAUGUUGAUAUAUUAAUAAAAAUAUUUAAAGAAAUUGAA